AUGGCGGAACCGCCGAGCCUAGUGCACUGCGGCCCCGCCGCCGUCUCGGAGAAAGAACCGUUUUCCAAGCUGCAGCCCCCCUCUCGGGACCCGCCGGGUCCUCUGUCUGCCAAGAAGAUCCGGACUGAGGAGAAGAAGACGCCGCGGAGACUGAACGGAGAAGGAGGCAGCGGCGGCAACAGCAAGCAGCUGCAGUCUUCCGCGGCACCUUCGCCUCAGAGCUAUGGCAGCCCUGGGUCUUGGAGCUUCGCCGCUCUGUCUGCUGCCCCCUCCCCGUCCUCUGCUCGGAGCAAUUUCUCUUUCUCCGCUGGCACGGCCGUCCCCUCCUCAGCCUCUGCUUCCUCGUCCCAGCCGGUGCCGCGCAAACUGCUGGUCCCUCCUACGCUGCUGCACGCUCAGCCUCACCAUCUCCUGCUGCCGGCCGCCGCCUCCUCAGCCAACGCCAAGCCGCGCAGACCCAAGGAGAAGCGAGAGAAGGAAAGGAGGAGGCACGGCCUCGGCGGGGCAGGCGAGGCCGGCGGGGCAGCCCGCGAGGAGAAUGGGGAGAUGAAGCCGCUGCCGAGAGAUAAAAUCAAAGACAAAAUUAAAGAAAGGGAUAAAGAAAAGGAAAGAGAAAAAAAGAAGCAUAAAAUAAUGAAUGAGAUCAAGAAAGAAAAUGGAGAAGUAAAGAUUUUGCUGAAAAGUGGGAAGGAGAAACCAAAAACAAGUGUAGAAGACUUACAAAUUAAGAAGGCAAAGAAGAAGAAGAAAAAGAAACACAAAGAGAAUGAAAAACGGAAGCGUCCAAAAAUGUAUAGCAAAUCUAUUCAAACCAUCUGCUCAGGAUUGCUGUCUGAUGUUGAAGAUCAAGAAGCCAAAGGCAUCCUAAGUGAUAACAUAAAGGAUUACAGUGGAAAGAAUUUGGAUACCAAGAACUAUGAUUCCAAAAUUCCAGAGAACAGUGAGUUUCCAUUUGUCUCAUUAAAGGAGCCACGGGUUCAGAACAACCUCAAAAGGUUGGACACUUUGGAGUUCAAACAGCUCAUUCAUAUUGAGCACCAGCCUAAUGGAGGUGCAUCAGUUAUCCACGCCUACAGCAAUGAACUCUCCCACCUGUCUCCUGUGGAGAUGGAGAGGUUUGCAGAAGAGUUUGUGGGUCUGGUGUUCAGUGAAAACGAGAACUCUGCAGCUUUCUAUGUAAUGGGUAUUGUUCAUGGGGCAGCUACUUAUUUACCUGAUUUUUUAGACUACUUUUCAUUUAAUUUUCCCAAUUCACCAGUGAAAAUGGAGAUAUUGGGAAAGAAGGAUAUAGAGACAACAACUAUGUCCAAUUUUCAUGCUCAGGUAAAAAGAACGUAUUCUCACGGUACUUAUAGAGCUGGCCCAAUGCGACAGAUCAGCUUGGUGGGAGCAGUAGAUGAAGAAGUGGGAGAUUACUUCCCUGAGUUCCUUGACAUGUUGGAAGAUUCACCAUUUUUAAAAUGUACACUGCCAUGGGGGACACUAUCUAGUCUAAAAUUAGAGAGUCGAAAAGAUAGUGAUGAUGGUCCCAUCAUGUGGGUACGCCCGGGAGAACAAAUGAUCCCUGUGGCUGAUAUGCCAAAGUCACCUUUCAAAAGGAAAAGAACUACCAAUGAGAUAAAAAACCUGCAGUACCUACCUCGAACUAGUGAGCCUCGUGAGAUGCUCUUUGAAGACAGAACAAGAGCUCAUGCAGAUCAUAUAGGACAAGGUUUUGAACGACAGACUACAGCUGCUGUUGGAGUGUUGAAGGCUGUGCACUGUGGAGAGUGGCCUGAUCAACCCCGAAUAACCAAAGAUGUAAUUUGUUUUCAUGCUGAAGAUUUCUUAGAAGUAGUUCAACGAAUGCAGUUAGAUUUACAUGAACCUCCACUGUCCCAGUGUGUCCAGUGGGUUGAUGAUGCAAAACUUAAUCAACUGAGGAGGGAAGGCAUUCGCUAUGCCAGGAUUCAGCUGUAUGAUAAUGACAUUUAUUUUAUUCCAAGGAAUGUUGUUCAUCAGUUCAAGACAGUUUCAGCUGUAUGCAGUUUAGCAUGGCAUGUUCGUCUCAAGUUAUAUCACUCAGAGGAGGACACUGCUCAGAAUACAGUUACUCAUGAAACAUGCACAUCACCAGAUUCCACAUCAUCAGUUCUUGGACCUCACACUGACAACAUGAUUUGUGCUGUAAGCAAAACCUCCUUGGAUUCUGUUUUUUCAGACAAACUUCAUUCUAAAUAUGAAUUACAGCAGAUUAAACAUGAACCUAUUGCAACUGUAAGAAUCAAGGAAGAACCUGUGAAUGUUUAUAUUCCUGAAAAGACUGGAGCACCAAAUAAUAUGGAUGGCAAGAAUGUUAAAGCAAAAUUGGAUCAUGUUCAAUUUACAGAAUUUAAGAUUGAUGUGGACUCUAAGUUUGAAAACAGCAACAAAGAUUUAAAGGAAGAAAUGUGUCCUGGAAGUCUCAUAAGUCUAGUUGAUACAAGGCAACAUAGUUCAACACAUUCAAAUCAAGAGAGAAAAGAUGAUAACAUUUUGUGCUAAAUUUGUAUAUACCAUUUAAUAUUGUUUUUUUCUUAAACUUAAUAAUGUAAUAAAGAUUCGUGAAUUCUGAAAGCAA